AUGUCAUCAUCGUCGCAUCACUACUCGACCCAGGUCAGGAAGACCGAGGGCCGUACCAACUUGCCUAAGGAGGCAGAGUCCAACCCUCAUCAUGUGAAGAAGGGCGGCAAGGUGGUUGGCUUCAGGAACCCGUACCCUUCAUUUGCCGACAUCCAGGUGUUUAGCGCCAUCCUCUGGCCGUACAUCACGGGCCGGAUGAGGUAUCCCGACACUGCGAACCAUGGGAUCUCGGUAGUAGAGCCUAAGUGGUCACCGUCCCGCUUCUCGCAGCAGACGAACGGGAACAUUCGUGCGACGUGGCUGGGCCACGCGUCGUACUACGUCGAAUUCCCGUCUGGGCUGCGGGUUCUGACAGAUCCCGUCUUCGAAGAGCGGUGCGCACCGCGCAUCGCCACGACGUUUGGCCUGGGACCGAAGCGGUACACCCGUGCUCCUUGCAGCGUCCAGGACAUCCCUAUCGUGGACGUGGUCCUCAUCAGUCACAAUCACUAUGACCAUCUGUCUAACCCUACCAUUGCCGAGGUACGCCGCUAUCACCCGGACGCGCACUACUUUGUCAGCCGCGGCCUGGCGACGUGGUUCCACUCCCACGGCAUCACCAAGGUGACGGAGCUGGAUUGGUGGGAGGAUGCCGAGCUCAGCGUCACGGUCAAGGACGACGCUGGCCAGCCCACCACCAUGACAGCCACCCUGUCCUGUCUCCCCGCGCAGCACUCGUCGGCCCGAACCCUCUGGGACCGCGACGCUACCCUCUGGUCUUCGUGGGCUGUCCGCUCCAGCGGCCGCUCCCUCUGGUUCGCCGGCGACACGGGAUACGCUCGCACAUACAAGGUCAAGGGGGAGACGACGAUCCCCACCGACCCGAACCCGCAGUUCCGUCAGAUCGGUGAGCACCGCGGUCCUUUCGAUCUGGGCCUCAUCCCCAUCGGCGCCUACGAUCCCCGCGACGCCUUCUCCUCGGUCCACACGGACCCGUUCGGCUCUGUCGAGAUCUUCCGCGAGACCAGGUGCCGUCGUGCCAUGGCGAUCCACUGGGGCACAUGGACCCUCACCUCCGAGCACGUACUGGAGCCGCCCAUGCUUCUCAAGGAGGCCCUGAGGCGUCGUCAGAUCCCUGAGGAGGGUGUGUUUGACGUCUGCGAUAUCGGUGAGGCUCGCGAGUUCCCCGGUGGUGACGAUACCGAUGAGAGCGAGGAGUAG